AUUGAGUUGAGCAGGAGUGGCGAUCCAGUCAGAGACGUCCGCUGCCACCGACAUCUCGAGAGAGACGUGUGGGAGCAGUGAUUGUUUUAGUGAUGAGAGAGGAGGAGAACCCAAGAGUAGGAGACGUGACUUGAGACUCCGAGGGAGAGACGGGGUGAGGGGAGGAGGAAGAGGGAGGAAUGUGCUCCGUAGAGGAGGGAGGGAGGGAGGUGAGGGAGGUAAGGGUGGUGGGGGAGGGGGUGGCUGGGUCGUUGGAGAGCCGUCUCUUCUUGCUAGGCAGGAUGGUGGUCUGGACCAUGUUACGGAACUUGCCAACAGUUGGGUCGAUGUCCUCUGGAGAGACAGAG